AUGAGAAGCAAGAUUCUACAGAAACUAUCAAGGCACAGAAUAAAAGCAAUAGCACUGUUACUCAUUAUUGGGUUUUUGUCUUAUUCCUUGCUUGGAUCAUUAAGAAACUACGAUGGGCUUAGGAACACAGAGGAUCCUAUCUCGAUCACCUCAAUGAAACAAUCGUAUGAUGAGAAGCAACAAUCUCUGACCAAAGCAGCUCAGGAAGUUGGUAAUAAGGGCCAAGAGAGCCCAGUACAGUCAUCCUUGAGUAGUGCCCAUAAAUUUUGGAAAGAAAUCUUUACCAUUUUUGAUGAGAACAAGAUGAAUCUUCAAGACCGGCUUGGAACUCUCAUAGAGUACACCGAUAAGUCGAAGCAUUUGGACGGGCCAAAUACCAAAGAAGUGUUGCUCUCACGGGCAACCAUGCUGGAAGAGGUUGUUUCUGAGCUUAAAAAGAGACACAAGCUGGUGGUUCAGCAAUUGCCUAGUCAUAUUGCAGAAGCUACGUACAAUAAAGGGACAACGGGUGUUGUCUUCAUUGGUGGUGCAAAGUUUUCGUGGCUCACGUAUUUGGCUAUCCUCGCUUUGCGAGAAACAGGAACAAAACUCCCUGUCGAGGUUAUCAUGCCCAAGAAGCUGGACUAUACGAAAGAGCAAGAUUUUUGCGACAUAUUGUUACCAGAACUUGGAGCUAGAUGUGUUAUUGUUCCCGACACUAUUGGCGAGUCGGCAUUAAAUGGAAGAAGUCUUUUCGCAUACCAAUUCAAAUCCAUUGCGUUAGCCAUAUCAUCUUUCCAGCAUAUCCUUCUACUUGAUUCCGACAACAUUAUCGUUUCAAAUCCUGACCACGUAUUCAGGAGCGAACUUUACAAAAAAUAUGGUAUGAUCACCUGGCCCGAUUAUUGGAAAAGGAGUAUAUACCCAAAGUACUAUGACAUUGCCGGGAUACAAGUUAAUGAACACAAAAGAGCACGACAUGAUCGAUUCCCCUUAUUUGAGCCGCUCAGCGCAAAAACAGCUUUAGAUGUCAGUCCCGAAGACAGGGUGCCCUAUCAUGAUUUAGAGGGUGCCGUACCCGAUUUGUCGACGGAAUCGGGUCAACUCAUUAUAAACAAGGCAACGCACGGUAAAACAAUUUUAUUAUCAUUGUAUUACAACAUUUAUGGUCCUGAUGUGUUUUACAAGUUGUUUUCAUUGGGUGAACAAGGAGAAGGUGACAAGGAUACUUUUGUCACUGCUGCCAUUGUGUGUAAGGAGCCUCAUUACCUGGUAAAAUCCUUUAUUUUAUCACCAGGAUAUUUCGAUAACGACAAUAAGUUUAAUGGUGUGGCAAUGGCCCAAAAAAACCCACUAUACGAUUACGAAUUGUUCAAUGAGCAGGUUGUCAACUACUUCACCAAGAGUGGCGAAACCUUGACCGUGGCAGACCAAAUUGGUCAUUUAGAUUCCCUAAUUAAAAAUGAGUUCGACAGUUACAAUAAAGUGCCGAUUUUUGCCAUUCACUGCAAUCAUCCAAAAAUAGAUCCUGUGCUUUACAUGCAGCGCGACGACUUGUACGACUCCAAGGAGAAAAAGUUGAAAUACAGACUUUACAAUGGUAUGAAGUACGACAAAUUGGUAGUAAGCUCAUCAAAUGACAAAUCGGUAAAGACUGAUUUCGAGUACGAGCAGUGGGUUCAUAUACGAGAGGCGCUUUGCAUAAAGAAACUAAAAUUCGAACACUUCAAGGACUUAAAUGCAGAUGACCUAUGCGAAUUUGUCAAUAAUCAAGUUAAAUGGUUGACGCCUUCAGCGGAGGGUACAUAA